AUGGUUGUGUUGCGUAUCAAUAGACUACCGAAAUAUUUCGGACCGGCAGAACUUCAUAAAUACCUGGAACAGUUCGGGAAAGUUUAUGACUUAUAUAUACCGAAAUCUAAAAAGACGAACAGGUAUAAAGACCAUGCUUUUGUACGAAUGGCAAAUGACGUCGCCCCUUUUGUUGCAUCAACAUUAGACAAUCUCUUGCAAUUUAAUAAGAUCAUGAAAUGUGAAAUUCUAUCGGACAACAAACGCCUAUUCAGAGCAAAGAAUUAUGCACGAAUCCCACCCCAUCUCGCUGCAGAAGAACAACAAACUCUAGCUACAAUAAAACGUGUUGCAGCAUUGAGAACUCGUGAAGAGUUAAAUGUUCCCAAGGGUUCAGCGAAAAAACCCCUACCUCUUGCCAUCCGAAGGCGUACACGCAACCUCCAGAAGCGUCUUGCAGCAAUUAAAAAUGUAAACCCCAAUUUUGAAUUUCAGAGUGCGAACAGUUGUUGA